AUGUGUGGACUUUGGGAUUCUAGUCACGGAUUCAUUGUAAAUGAUACUUGUAUAAUUGAAGUUCGUAUAUUGAUUCAUAAGUUGGAGGAUGAGAAACAAGUUGAUGAAUCAGUGAGAGUGGAUUUUAGGGGCAUAGGAAAAGUAGAGAAAAAAUUUAUUCCUCUUUUGAAAGAAGUUUGUUCACGAUAUCCUUCACUUAUUGAUAACAAGAAAAGAAAAAGUCAAAUAUUCAUUGAAUCGGCUUUUACAGCUCUUGGGAGAGUUCUUUAUUUUCUAAAGACUAAAAAGGUGAGAGACAUGGACUAUAACGCUUGCAAUCAUCUCCAAACUUUAUGGGAGGAACUUGAGACUUUUGAAUUUGAUUUAUUAUGGUUGAAACCUCAUGUUCAAUCUGCAUUAGGCAUGACAACUUCUCUUGAGAAAGUUCUUGCGAUAAAAAGGUUGGAAGAGAAAGUGACUAUUUUGGAGGAUAAUAUCUUUAUUUUAGAGAAGAAAGAAAAGACUUUGAGAACAAAGAGGAUUGAAGCAGAGCUAAAUCUAGAAAUAAACAGAAGAGCCUUGGUGAAAGCAAAAAAGAGUAUUGAAAACUGUGAUUUGAAUGCUGAACUAGGAUAUGGAAAACCAUGA